AUGGAUGAAGAAGAGAUUCCACCAAGUGAUGAUGAAGGGAUCUUUCUCUCGACUCAAAUACAGGGGAAAUUGGAUGAUUUGGAUCAAGAAACAAAGAAGAAUGAAGUUUCUGAUUUCUUACAGAAAUUUGCCUUGAAAACAUCAGAAUCAUCAUUAGUAUCAUCUGUGUCAUCAUCAUCAAGCAGUAUACCAACACCUAGACCGCCUUUAAAAGUGAAGAAGAAUGCUCAGCCAAAAAUUACAAAACCAAAACCAAAGAAAAAGGCAAAGAAAUUAUCAGUCACAGAUCAAAUGAUUAGGAAACUUUCUGGUAAACCACAAAAAUUCAGACAAAUGCAAAUUAGAGAACCAACCACUAGUGGUGAUCUGUUAUUAAAAGCAAGUGCAACUUCUUCUUUCAAUAGUGAUGAUGGACAUUGUUAUGAUUCGGUUUUCACACCAAAUGAAUGGAGACAUUUGAAAUAUACAUUUAAAAGGAAAGAAAUACCCAGAAGGUCUGAAAUAUUACACCCAAGUUCUGAUUGUACAUCAAAACUGAAAUUAUGGGAAGCAUCUACUGAAUCACCGGAUUUUGAUAUGAAUGAUUGGAAUAGUUUAUAUGGAUAUCAUUCUCCACAAAGAAUUGGUCAUGUUGAAACUGAGAUUUCACCAGCCAUAACUUUCAGUCAAGCAUUUAGAAGUUCACAAGAUGGGAACUAUGGUCCUCCUGAUGAUACAAGGAUCGUACAAAAUGAUAAAAUAUCACCAGUUUCAUCAUUCAGUGAGGUUGGAUUUUCGUCAGAUGAAGGUUCGAUUAUAGAAGUUGAACCAAUAUCCAAACCAAGAGUACAUCAUAGAAAUUCAACAAGGGGAACGCUCGAUGAUCCAAUAGAACUGCUGAGCUCACAAAGUUCAAUAAUAAGCAAUAUUUCAAAAUAUGAUACAUUUCCACAAGAUGUUUGCUUACCAGGUGAAGUUAAAUACAAAGGACAAGUCAAGAUGAACAGUAAUUCGCAACAUAUAAUCAGUCCUAGGCAGAAAGAUCAGGAUGAAAUACCUGAUAGCUCAGAUGAUGAUGAUGAUAUAACACAUAUUAUUCAAAUUGUACGACGUGAUGGUGAUAAUGAUAAUUUAGUAUGGGAAAUUUCGUGUAGUAGUGAUGAUGAUGAUUUUUAA